AUGCAAAGUAAGGACUCUCAAGAACAAACUCCUUUAAUUGGUAACAAGGAAAAUAAUAUUCAAACUGGAUCUUCAACAAAUGCAAUAGUCAAUACUGGUCAUAAUCUCUCUACUAGUAAAGCAUCGACGAAAUAUGUUCCGAAGGGUAUGAAAGAACCUGAAUAUUUUGUUUCGAAUGACGUUGCAGACAGCUUGAACUUACCAAUCGAUGCAGAAAUUAAUAAAAAUAAGCAUGUACGAUCAGGUGCACAAAGAACUUCACGUACUACUCAGAAACUAAAAUUACUUCCUGAAGAACCUUAUGAUUUAGAUCAUAAUAAUUUUCCUGAUCUCCCAGAAAAUGAAGUUUAUUCACAAGUAAAUAGGAUUAAGGAUAAAAGUGCAAGAAGGGAUGCUGAAAAAUUAGGGAAAGCCCAUAGACAUUUACUACCGAGAGUAACGGCAUUCUGCACAGCAAGUAGUUAUAAUAUGAGGGGUCUUAUCAGAUGGCUAAAGGAUUCCAAACAUCAAUUUCGUUCUCAUCCCAAAUUGUUUGAUGAGUGUCUUUAUACACCAUUCAUAUAUACUGAUUCGAGAGGCGAUAAAAGGUAUGAACGUGAAGAUUUCAUUCGAUUUGAUGAUGAAGGUGGUGAAAUUAAUGUAAGUGAUAAACAACCAGAUGUUUUUAUAUUCGAAUAUGGUGUCGUGGUACUUUGGGGUUUUACAGAAAGAGAAGAAAAAGAAUUUUUAAAUGAUAUUGAAAAGUAUGAAAAGGAAAAACUAGCUGAAGAAGAUAUACAGAUAGAAGAAUUUAAUUACUAUGUGACAGAAAGUUAUCAACCAAGAAUUUACAAUGAUUUUAUAACAUUAAGAGACGGCUCGAAUUACAUGACAAAACUUUCAAUAUCUCAUGCAUUAUCUCAGAGUGUAAAAAUUUCAUUAUUUGAAGAAUUAUUGGAUAAUACUAUCGAAGACACGCAAGACAUCCCUCAAGAAAUUGCAUCAAGUGGUAAAGUUUCUAUGAGUAAAGAAGAUAUUAUGAAAAGUAUCGGUGAACUAUUCAUUCUUCGUAUAAAUAUUAAUCUGCAUGGUUCUAUUUUGGAUUCACCGGAAAUCAUGUGGUCAGAGCCACAAUUAGAACCCAUUUACCAAGCAACUAGAGGCUACUUGGAAAUUAAUCAACGUGUAGCUCUUCUAAAUCAAAGAUUAGAAGUGGUAUCUGAUUUAUUACAAAUGUUAAAAGAACAACUGGGGCACACACAGGAAGAGUAUUUAGAAUUUAUUGUAAUAGUAUUGGUCGGUGUAGAAGUUUUAUUAUCAGUCAUAAACAUUUCUGUUGAUUUGUUUGCAUAUUCGAAUUGA